CGUGCGCAUUUAGGCGAGUGUUCACGACACAUGUAUCUUUUAUCGAUUCUUACUGGUCCUGUGUUAAUCGUGAUUUGUUCGAAACAAUUGAGGACGUCAAAUGUUACAAGUAUUCUUUAUAAUUAAUGGGAUAAUAGUGGCCGUAAUCACAUAAACUCCCGAGCUACGAUGACAUAAAUAGCUCCCAGCAAGGGGUACAAGAACAAUAACAAAGGAGUAGUCGACUCAAACAUGGUUUAAAAUGGCAGGGAAAUCUUUUGCUUUAACGUUUCUACUUUUCCUUUCUAUCUUAAUGGUGCUAUUAUGGAAAUUUGAAACAAAUUUCUUCGGCCCAAAAGGUAGUUCGCUGGUUGUGUAUAUCAACUCCAUAAGAUCAACGAAAGAGACUGCCAAGCGGGAAAUAUCUACGCUCAUGGACUCGAAUCUAAAGACCAACGAAAAUCGUUCUUACACAAUUCACCACAAAAAACUGCAAUGGCUCAUCGUUUACUGGUCGACAUAUUUUCAAGUUAAGCUAGAUUUACAUCUCUCUUGGAAGCAGGGAGACUGCCCUGUGGCCUGCGAGGUGUCAAGUGAUCAUUCACGAGCGAAUGAGGCAGACGCCUUUGUAGUCCAUGCGCGAGAUUCGCACAUGAUACCUCCAAAUAAAUCCGUACCGUGGAUCCUUCAAACACAAGAAAACCCUGUGUACACUCCCUCUCUAACCAAUCCCAAUUUUAUGUCAAAAUUUAAUCUGUUGCAAAGUUAUCGCCUGGACUCGGACUUCCCCGAUCCAACUUUUAGAAAGCCAAAUGUGACACCACCAGUUCCCUUUAAAGACAAAGAUGGACUCAUUCUAGCCGUAUUUUCCAACUGUGAACCCGUGCGGACGGAAUACAUGAGACAGUUGAUGAAGUUUGUGCAGGUUGACUCGUAUGGAGCCUGUCUAAGGAACAAACAAGGUCUAGUCAACAGAUAUGGUUCAGAGAACGGGAAAGAAUUCCGAGAAGUCAAAACCGACCUAGCCAGAAGAUACAAGUUCUCUUUGGUGUUUUUCAAUCAGGAUUGUGAUUACUUCGUGGACGCACAACUAAGUCAUGCUCUGAAUGCAGGCUCAGUUCCCGUGGUAAUGAGCACAGACAAACUUGACGAGUUCCUGCCAGGAAAUCUCAAACGCUCCGUCAUAAGAGUUCGUGAUUUCAAAAGUCCACAGCAACUGGCGGAGUAUCUAAAAUACCUUGGUAACACUGAGGCAGAAUACAACAAAUUCUUAGAGUGGAAAUGGAGAGGUUUUGGAAAUAUCACUGACACUGUUAUUGGAAACUUUUGGUUUCCGAAAUAUCCACUUUAUUGUCAAAUUUGCGUAGCUCUUUCAGAGCGCCGAGUACACAAGAAUGGCCUCAAGCCAAUUCCGUGCAAGUCAAGAACUUUUAACGACUGGGGAAUAAAUUGAGAAAUCUAGUUUGCUCUAUUUUUUAGAGACCUUACAAAAUAUUUGUUGGGUAUUUUUUUACCAUCCCAGUUAAUUCGAAAGUUUUGCUUUGACUUUCUCGAACAUCAUCCACAUUUGUACAGCAACAUUGUUACGCGCGAUUGAACCAUUUUUUUUUUUGGACGAACUAUCAAAAUUACUAAUACAGUGUCGUUUGAACCGGCUGACAACAAAGGUGUUACAUUUCAGCCAACCAUCCCCAGCGGUUCCACCUCGCUCUUUAACCCUUUACGCCCUAAAAUCAGUAUGCAUAUUCUCCAUACUGCUCUUAAUACAUUUCCUAAGGUGCUGACCAGGAGAAUUUGUUUACCAAUCAAAAGCUUAUUUCGUUGGUGAUCAUUUCCUUUAUUCUCAUAACCAUAACGUGUGAUUCAGGGGUGAUAUUGUGGGGAGAAAUUUGAUGCUAGUCACUCUUAUGGUUUAGAUGGUUAAAGGUUGAAACUACAUGUAUGGUACGACGUUGCUCUUUUGAUUUAUUUCCGAGAAAAACUAUUUACAUUGACUACAAGUCAAGUCAAGUGAUCGCCAUGCAUGUGUUUACGACUGUGAGCAGAAUCUUAGUAACACAGUAAAAUCAACGCCUCCACAUCGCACUUAUUAAAUAUGUAAGGAUUUUAAAGUGAGAUUGUGUAGGAGGGUGAAUGAAAAAUUAAAGAGCUUUAACGCUGCCAUUAAUCACGUUACGGAAUUCUCGAAAGACGGGUGCGCUUUUCCAGGGGAUAUAAGAUCUAGUGAGCCUGAAUUGCGAGUACAAGAUAUCAUUAUCCGUACCAUUUCGCUUCUCUUUUUUAUUUAUUGUUGUACGUGACAAAGGUUUUUACUUCAAAAUCUACCAAGUUAUGCAAUGAAAAAUGUUUAAUCGAGCAGCCUUAAGGUU